AUAAACAUAUCAAAUUUGUUUUUUUUUACCUGUUGGUAUUUAAAAUGUGCAAGAAGUUCUUUUUAAAAGGCAAUAAAAUAUAAUUAUUUUUGAUAUUUUUAAAUCCAAUUUUUAAUAAAUACACAUAAAAUAUUUUGCCAUUGUUAAGUAUGGAAGAAAGUAUUAAAUUAGUGCUUUUAAAACUGAAAGAGCUCGACGAUUUGGCUUUAACGUGCUAUGAGUAUUAUUUAAUAAAGGAUAUUGAAAAUGAAUUAUUAUUUAAUGUAGAUGAAUUAUAUAAAGUUCUGGAAUCGAAUUUCGAAAAAAUGCUUGAUGAGAACGUUUUGAAGAAGGUGCUAUCGAUAUUGCAUUAUACAAUUAGUCGCAGUUCAAUUACGGAGGAAAUUUUACUAAAUGGAGAAAAAUUUUUCAACAGAAUAACGAAUAAAUAUUCAAAAGAAGAAAAAUGCAAAAGUUUAAUAUUUGAACUUCUACACCAAUAUCUUGUUACAAUUCUAAACUCAAACCGCAUUUAUAUGAAAACUUUACCUAAUUUUAAUAUAAUUAACGUGUAUUCAGAUAUUAAGUUGGUUCGUCAACGUAGUCGAAUUUGUUUAGAAUUAUUGGUUACCAUAUGUUCAAAUGCAGAUAUGUUAAUUAAAAUGAUCGAUCUCGAUAAUGUACACUUUGGAGAAUUUUUUACGCACUUUAUUAGAAUUAUUCUUAAGGAAGAUCAUUUUUACAAAACUGAAAAUUUUUGGAAAAUUUGCCUUCACAAUUUGUUACAUGGAAAUCGAAAAUUUGCGAUUUAUUGGCUGAAAGUUUGCAUUGAAGAACUUGAAUCUUCACAGCCUGAUGACUUUAUUGUUCCAAAUUUUUUUAUAUUAUCGAAAUGUGAAGCAAAAGAAAUUAUCAACUCCUGGUAUUUAUUCUUAACUAUUUUGGAGAGUUUAGAUGGUAAACAAUCUCAUUUGAUUUUACCUUCUUUAGAAAAUUUAAAAAAACUUAAAAUUUUUGGGAUAUGGAAUAACUUCAUUAUUUGUGAAAUAAUGAAACAUACAAAUACAUUAGUUUUGAAAUGGGCAGCCAAUUUUGUAUUAAAACAUUACACAUGUAAAGAUUUCACUUGUUUAGAUAAAUAUUUAGAUGGUUUGAAGUCACUUAGCAUUGUUGUGGGAGCAUUUAAUAACACGUUUUUGUAUUAUGGUGAUGAUGCAUUGCAAGCGAAUGAUUUUACAAAAUUCAUUGAAAAAGAUCCACUAAAAUUUUUAUUAGUCCUUGUUGAUAUCAACUGGAAGUCAAUUCCCUUAUUUGUUUUAAUACAAUCCCUAAACAUUUUAGACAAAAUUUUAAUCAAAAACCUGGAGUCUAAUGGAUCAAUUGCAAAUUUAGACUUCUUAUUAAAAUUAGCUGGUAAUGUCCGAAGAAUAGAAAAUAAAAUAAUAAGAUCAGAAAUACGCAAGAACUUUUUUAACAUUUUUACGGAACAAAUAGAGACUUUAAAAGCAGAAAACUUUUUUAAGUUAAUGGAAUUAUUGUUCAAUGAUAACGAAGAAAAAUCAGAAAAUGAUAUAAUUUUUUUGGAGAGAAAAAUAAAACAAAUGAAUUUGGAAAAUGUUAGUAUUUCAUUUGAGUUUUUAAAAAGUUUGUUGGUGCUGCAUUUUAGAUUUGAUGAACGUACUGUUUCUAAAAUUGUUAGAAAUAUUUUAUUAAAUCGCUGUAUGAAUGAUAUUCUUAAAAUUCUUCCUUCCUUUAAUCACUGUUCACAGAAAGAUUUGAUUGAUGUUGUAAAACUUAAGUUACUAGAUUAUAACAAUAUGAAAGAUAUUGAAUUCAUGCUUGUAUAUUUGGAAAUGUGCGAAUCAACAAACGUUAACUUUAAUAUUGAUGAUGCGUAUCAUUUUGUCCUAAAUGACUUUAAUGAAAUUGGGAGAAGCGAUCUUAAGAAUCAUGUAAAUUUUUGUAUAUUAAAACAAAAUUUCGUUGAUCUUGUUGCUAAAGGAGUUUUUGAAAGAAGUGAAGAAAUAUUGGUUCAAGCUAAGAAAAAAGCGGAAAGACAAGAGAUUGACGAAACUUUUAUUUUUGGUAGAUUUACACUGGAUGUGAAACUGGAUGUAGACGUUGAAAUGCUUUUAAGUAAAGGUAGUUUUGAAACUAUAAAUGAGUUUUUGCAAAGAAAAUUUUUAUCGAAAACUUUCUUAUGUUUCGACCACAAGGAGAGGAAAAAAUGUUUUAAUUUUCAGCUUCACAGACUAAUUUUUCAAGAAAUAUUCACAAAUUCAAAAAAAAAUGGUUUUAAACAUAUCGAAAAAGCAUUGAUUAACCUUAUUCAGUUCAUUUUGCCUGAAUUUCCUGAAGUACUUAAUUUGAUUCUGAAUAUCGAUCAAUUUAAUCAUGAAUAUUAUAAAGUGGUAUUUUCUACGAAACUGGAAACUGUAAAUUUAAAUGCCGGUUUAAAAAAAUUUUUCUCAUCUGAAAAAGGAUUCAGUAUUCUUAUAAGAGGUCUGACGUUUGGUGAGCCAUUGAUAGGAGAACCAAGAAUCGAAUAUGAAUAUAUAAUAAAGAACAAUCUAUCAGGAAUGCCGACAUCUUCUUUAAAGAUUAGAUUAUUGACUGCGAAACUAACAAAGCAUCUAAUUUGUAACAUAUUUAGUUUGCAGGAAACAAUACAACUUAGAGAUAAACUUCUAGUAGAAAGUGAAAAUUUAAAUAAAAAAUCACGUUAUUUUAAAAAUUCUAAGCACCACAAGCUCAAAUUACGGAUAAUCCAAGCAUUGGCGCUAUUAUCAUCUUUUCCAAAUAUUCCGAAAAACUAUAUUUGGACUGAUCGAUUUUUAAUGUGUAUAUUUGAAGAAAAUAACCAAACUGAUGUUACUUACAUUAUGGAAUUAGUUAUAGCAAAAACAAUAUCAUCUUCAAAACUAUUUAACUUACUUGAAAACUGUUCAAAUUUGCGCAAUUCUGGAAUUAUUUCUUUAUUUGCAAUUUUAUUUAUACACUGUUUCAAUUAUAUCAAAAGUAAUGAAAUUGAUUUAUUAAAUCAAAUUAUUAAACUUAUUUUACCUUGGAGUAUGGGACAAAAUUUUCAUAUUAGACUUUAUGCACAAAUAACGAUAUAUAGUUUGAUUAAAUAUUUUAAAUUGGAGAAUUACUAUUUCCUAUCAGAAACAAUAUUAGAAAGUUUAAAACAGGGAACUGCUGAGAAAAAUUAUAAAAAAUUAAAUUACGAUUUUCGAUUUCAGGAGCCAAAUUUAGAAGAACUAUUAAAGUUGCAUGUUAUCUAUUUUGCUAUUCCUCGUUUAAAUCACACUGAUCUUGAUGAAUGGUUCGACAAAGAUUUUCAGGAGAAUAAUUUUAAUAUGUUUCAUGAAUUCUAUGAAAAAGAAAUAGUUAAACCACAGGAAGAGUUACUAAUUAUUCAAGAGAAUGUGCAAAGAAAAAUCAAUCCUCUUAUUCUGAAUGAGAACGGUGACCCGUUUUUAAAGAAAUCUACAGAAGUUACAAAAAUGGUAUUAUGUACAUACAUUCAUAUAUUACAUAUAUAUAUAUACAUACAUAUGCAUAUUCUCUUUCAUUGUGUAUGUACACAAAAAGUAAUCUGUUAUAUACAUUUUUUUUCAAAGGAUACCGAUAUGAUUGUUGUAGCUAGUUUGAUAGAUAAGUUACCUAAUUUAGGCGGAAUAGCCAGAACUUGUGAGGUAUUGGGUAUAAAGCAAUUAGCUAUAAGUUCUUUGAAAUAUGCGGAAACAAAAGAGUUCAAAGGUUUAAGUAUGACUGCAGAGAAAUGGUUAAAUUUAUUUGAAUUGAAAACAUGCAAUAUGCAAGAUUUCCUUGUGCAAAUGAAAUCAAAUGGUUAUGAUAUUGUUGGUGCUGAACAAACUGCUAAUUCAGAGAAUUUUGUAAAUUUUAAUUUUCCUAAAAAAACAAUUUUGCUACUUGGGCAUGAAAAAGAGGGGAUACCAGCAAAUUUAAUCGCUUUUCUGGAUUAUGCAGUUGAAAUACCUCAAUUUGGUAUGGUACGAUCUCUGAAUGUUCAUGUAACUGGUGCUUUAUUUAUGUGGGAAUAUUGCAAACAACACAUUAUUAAGAAAUGAAAAUUUUUGUUUUAAUAUUUAAUAAUUUUUUUAACUAGUUUGAAUUAAUAAAAGUUGCAUUUUUUAA